AUGAAAAAAAAAUCGCGAGCAGGACCGUCAAUAAUUCCCUUGGCAUGCUUGAGUGAAUCUGUACUCGAAUUAGAUCUAAGCGAUGGCUUACUCACAAGUCGUCAACAUAAUGUAGCAUCUGUGGAUGAUACUCAUCAAUUUCAAUUUGAAGAGCUUUAUGAUAGCGCCAAAUAUACUCCCAGGGCUUGGCUGGUAUCCGCAAAGGGGCAGUUAAAAUACCAAGAUACUGAGUUGUUUUACCAGUGCCACUCCGGAGAAUCAUACAAAAUUUAUGAUGCCCCUGUUCAUUCACGCUGUGCACCUGUUUUGUUGGAUGUUGUGGAACUUGUAUCUUGUCAAUAG